CAGUGUGUGUGUCUGUGAGUGAUUGUGCAGUGAUAAUGUGAUAGGUAGCUCAGGGAUCAUGACUAGCAGCAAGAAAGCAAUAGGCGGCAGCAUCCAUCGCAUCAGGGAGUUUGAACUGGAAAAAGUAAACUUAGCAGAAGAGUUCGACAUCCUACAGAUUGUUGGAGAAGGAUGGUUUGGCAAGAUUCUGUUGGUAGAGCACAAAGUUACAGACACGGAGAUGGUGUUGAAGGCGUUGCCGAAACCUUAUGUUUCUAUAAAAGAUUUCUACAGAGAAUUCCAUUACGGUCUUCAUCUGUCCGCUCACAAGAACAUAGUCACGACUCAUGACGUGGCGUUUGAGACUGCAGGGUUCUACGUGUUCAGUCAAGAAUAUGCAGCAUUGGGAGAUCUCACGAGCAACGUGUCCGAGACGGGAAUAGGAGAGCUGCAUAGCAAACGUGUGGCCAGACAGCUGGCGGCAGCUUUGGAGCACAUCCACGCCAGAGAUCUUGUACACAGAGAUGUCAAACUGGACAACGUGUUGGUCUUCAGGUCAGACUUUGCUAGGGUCAAGUUGUGCGACUUCGGUGAAACCAGGAGAGCAGGGACGCUGGUAAGAAGGAGGAACGAGUGGCUUCCGUACUCACCACCUGAAGUACUACUUACAAACACGGAUGAAACAUACAAGGCGGAGACGUCACACGAUGUGUGGCAGUUCGCCAUCGUCGUGUUUGUCUGCCUCACGGGGUGUCUUCCCUGGCAGAAGGCGAUGUUUGAUGACCCAAGGUAUACAAGGUACCUCCAAUGGCACGGCAGCAACCAGGUGAUGAUGCCGGUCCGCAAGCCCAAGCUGUUCAAGCUGGUGUCUGCGCGAGCCCAGAGGUUCCUGCGCAAGUUCCUGGAGCCGCGCGCAGACAAGCGACCGCAGCGUCUCACGGAUCUGCCGAGGUAUCUGGAGGAUCGGUGGCUGGCCAAGUCUUCACUGGACCGACAAGCUGAGAUGGGCUACGAAGAUGACGGCCUCUGCCCUUCCAUGUACAGUUUCCACAGCAGCGCGGAGGAGAAGAACAAACUGCUAUCGACCCUGGUGGCCUACGGGAUAGAGACCACGGUGGACAGGAAGGCGAAGAAGGACAGAAUCCGUCAAUGGAUCCAGAGCAGCGUGAUAGACGAAGAUGAAGAAGAGGAAGAAGGGACGAGUACCGCCACCUCUAGCAGGACCAGGAACUACGGAAGAUCCAAGGAAGCAGGAUCUUCUACAGGAACCGUGGGGACGGACAGUAGAUCUGCGAGUGCCUGAGAAACAUGGUGAUUUCCAAAUAUUAGACUUCCUCAGACAUGGGUGAUGACUUCAGAUUGUCUGCUGGCAGACAAUCAUUGUGUCAUUGCCAAGUUUGAUUAAUAUUGUCUGCGCCACCGUCUUGGACGGUACAGGCAAUCCAAGGUACAGGGGCGUUACUAAUACAAGUCUAGUCGUCGUGUCAGGAAAAUCUGUAAAAGACACUCUUUCUUCUUGUUUACCUUCACAAACACUGAAAGCGAGCUUCGUGUUAGAUUGAACCCGACUGUAAAUAUGUUGCACGUUCUGGUGCUGUUAUAUGGGUAUAAAAUACAGUCCUUAACAGUAUCCGAUAUCUAUACCAUCUAUGCACUUUUACUGUAAGCUUUUAGUAUGAUAAAGACAUUAAAUAUGUUUAGCUAUACAGGGUGUCAAGGAACACUCUACCAAUAUUUUAGGGCAUUGUUCAUAGGUAAGGAACGUAUCUACCCAAAUAUCAUAUUUCAAUUGUCUGGAAGUUCUUAGUUACUCACACAGCCGCUAUUUUGUUUUUUUCACUUUGUGGUUAAACAUACGAAAUUGGAACUUUGCACAAAUAUGUAACAACUAGACAAAGCUUUUACAAAAUUAUUAAAGUUUUCGAAAUUCAUAAAAACAAAUGACGGCCAUUUACAAUUUUUGUUCUUAAAUAACUAAAAAAAAGUUGAAAUUUGGAGCUUUAAUGGUACAAGACAACAUGCCUCGGCAUACACUGCAACUACCUCCAGCGGUCACGUAUCAUAAAGCUCAAAGCUGCCAUAUCUCAGUUAUCAUUCGUUCAAUCUUAAAAAAUAAGGUUGCAAUCGAUUUGUAAUUACAUUGCCUUUAAAAAGUUAUUCUUGUAAAAUCUUUGUAAAACCAACGGUUUUUGUGUUAUUAAAGAUACAAAACUGUAAAUGGCCACCAUUUUGUUUUAUGAAUUUGGAAAACUGUCAUAUUUUUUGCAGCUUUGUCUAGUUGAUAAAUGUUUGUACAAAGUUACAAUUUUGAAUGUUUAACCAUUUUUCACUAAAAAAUUAAUAAGUGAAAAAAACUAAAUGGUGGCUGUGUGAGUAACUAAGGACUUUUAAAUAUGAUAUUUAGAUACGUUUCAUACCCAGGAACAAUGCCCUAAAAUAUUGGUGGAGAGUUCCGGGACACCCUGUAUAUUUCGAUCAGUACACAGGCCUAUGGGAAACUCAGAUAAUCAUAAAGACGACUUGCUUUUAUACAGUUGUUCGCUGGUAGUUUUGGAAAGGUAAUUCGGACAAGGUCUGGUGGCAAAUUCACUUUCAUAUUCGUUGAUUGAUUUUCCUCUGUAUUUCCAAAAGAUCUGGUGACCUCAACAAAGCUUGGUAUCCAGCAAGGACGUAGUUUUGAUUAUCUUGUUUUCCCAUAAGGGUUCAUGAACAUCACAUAUGUAGUAUUUGUGUUAAUGUUGAUACAAUGUUUUAGUUAAUUAUUGUCAUUGAUUUUUUUUUUAUUAUUUUAGAUUUUUUAAAUUGAGGCUCUAUAGCAAACGAUGACUUUUUCCUCGAACAGCUUGAUAAAUGGUUAUAAUUGUAUAUCUAAACUAGUUUCUAAGAAGUGCUAAACUAUCGUACAGUUAAUUUGAGAUAUCCCUUAUCUUUAUCCAGCCUUUUUUAUAGAGUAAAAAGAGGAUAUUUUAUAUGUGAGGGUUAUUAUAUUAAUGUUUAAGAUAUGUAUAGGAAAUUACCUGAUAACUUAGGACAAUACUGUUGUGACUUAGAAAUAAGUCAUUGUUUGUAAAUAAAAUAUGUUUGUAGCUUUAUCUUAUGUAAGUCCAUAUAUGUGUCCAAGUAUAUAUAAGAACCACCCAGUUUUGAUUAUGUAAAUUGUGUUCGUGUCCAGGGAAGGAAUUUUGUUUUAAGUCCUUAGUAACCACACAAUAUUAUUGUCAUUAAGGAAUAGCAAUAUAAGUUAGUUUAGUAGCAUAGUUUUCUCCAAAAAUACAAUAGUAUCAAUCGAUUAAAUUACAAAAAUAUAUAAACGAAGCUAUUCUAAUUUGCAAAUCUAACCUAUAAGACCUUUGUUUUUUAAUCACUAGUUUCAAAAUGAAAACGAAAUGAUAAAAGUGCAUUCAAUUGUGUAUUAUGAUUUUAUAAAAUAAGUAUAAGAGUAAAAUUGUUUUCUCGUGUAUUUAAUAAGUAGCUCAGUUGGUCUUCAAAAAUGUAGAAACAGAAAGUGAAUGAGAAAUAUAGUUUUAUUUUAGUAAUAUCUCAGAAAAUUUUAAUUGUGUUCUUUAUGUUAUUUUUCAAUUGUUUUUGUUGAUGUAAUGUUGCCAACAUAUCAUUGUAAUAAUGUAUUUUAUUAUAUUAUAGAUUUAGAAAUAA